AUGUCUGAGAUGAUAGAAAUGAAAAGUAAUGGAGAAAUAGAUUCCACAAAUACUGAACAACGUAAAGGAUGUUUAAAUCAUUCAUUAUUUGAAUGGAUUACUGUUCUAUCGACACUUUUUGUUCCACUUGUUGUUGGUAUUUUAACAAUUGUUCUUCCAUUACAACAACAAAAUCUUAGUGAUCGUCAAAACGAAAAUUCACAAACAAUUGCUUUGUAUAAUCGUUUAAAAGAAAUGGAAUUAUUACAUGAUCAACAAAAACAAACUAUAUUAAAUACUUAUGAACAAGAUUUAUGUAAUCUUAUUUUUAAAUAUAGUUCGAUUAAUAAUUAUAAUGAUACAAAUUAUGAUGGGCCAGAUGAUGAUGAUAAUGAUGAUGAACGUGUUUCAUUAGUUAUACGUACAAAGACAUUAUAUGCUUUAAGACAACUUGAUGCAGUACGAAAAAUUUUACUUAUACAAUUAUUAAUUGAUAGUGGUAUUCAAAAUCGUAUUAAUUUAUCACAUGCAGAUUUAUCAUCCUUAAUAUUUCCUCCGGGUUCAUUUUAUAAUCAAUUAAACUUCGUGAAUAUUAUUGCUCAAAAUCUAUCAUUAAAACAUAUUCAUUUAUAUCAAAGCAAUUUUUCAUAUUCGAUUUUAGAUGGAUCUUCAUUUCAAGAAUCAAAUUGUUCAUAUGCAGAUUUUAGUUAUGCAUCAUUACAACGAACUGAUUGGAUACAUACAGAUGUUACUCAAGCUAUAUUCAAUUAUACUAAUUUGUUAGGAGCAAAAAUAACUCCUCAACAAUUGGCUACAGUACAAAGCUUAAAAGGAGCUACAUUACCAAAUGGUUCAAUUGCUGCUAUUUAA